AUGACCGUGGACACUAGCAUCGAAUGCCACUCUCAUGGCGCCAUCUCCUGCAUCGAGACUCACACUGUCGGCAUGCCCUGUCGAAUCGUCACCAAGGGCUUCCCGCGCCAAACAGGAACCUUGCUAGAGCAAAGAUGCGAGGCGGAAGCCAGUUACGACUAUAUCCGAAAACGUCUUCUCCUUGAACCCCGAGGACAUGCAGACAUGUUUGGAGCUGUUUUAAGACCGCACACCGAAUCCACAGUAUCCGGGGAGGCUCACAUGGGUGUGUUUUAUAUUCAUAGGGCAGGCUACAGCAAGAUGUGUGGUCAUGCCACUCUCGCUGUUAGCAGGGUCCUCAUCGACAUACACGACCCUGAGAUCUUUCCUCGGAGGCACCUCGUCAAGAAUGAUCCCAUCACACAAACCUCUACAAUUAUUCUGCACACACUUGGAGGGCCUGUCAAGGCAACUGUCCCUACUACCGCCGACGGCCAACGGUCAGAUCCAUCACGUCCCGUCACCUUUGUCGCAGUCCCUUCUUUCGCCAUCGCCACGGACCUCGACGUGGCCAUUCCUCUGGAGUAUCGUUGGCCAGAACUCGGCAGCCGCGCCACCGUCAACGUAUCCCUGGCGUAUUGCAGUGCCUUUAGCUGUCAGACCCAGCUGCACGAACUGGGCUUUCCGCCACAGACGUUCCAAGGCGGGCCUGUUCCAUUUCAAGACCUGAAAUACGCCGUGUCGCAGCUGAAGAAGGCUUUGGGGGAGCCAAAGUACCAAGAUUAUUUCAAGAACCCUUUCACUGGCGAAUCUGGAUCCUGCUUUGGCGUCUUGAUCGCGGACAAGGGGCUGGGCCAAUGCAGCAAGGGGUCGGAAGGCGUAGAGACGGGGCUUUACAUUUUCGGUGACGGUGUACUGGAUCGGUCUCCCACCGGUAGUGUUUCAGCCGCCAGAAACGCCGUUGCUUUUGCCAAGGGUGAUCUUGGUCCCGGACAGUCGUGGACUUAUCAUAGUCUCUUAUCCAACACACUCAAGAGGAAGGAGGGUUUCACUGCUACGGUUAUACGCGGGAAGGGAAGAAGAGAGAUUAAGGAGGGAGGGUAUGCUGCGGGGCCGGUUGAAGUGGAAGUACAGGGCUCUGCGUAUUAUACUGGUUUUCAUACUUUCGUGGUCGAAGAUGAGGAUCCGUUGGGUAGUGGCGGGUUCACAUAUGCACAGCUAGCUAACUGA